CUCCAAAACAAGCUAGCUCUGUUUUAUCACACAGAGUCCUACACAAAAUUAUUAAGUUAAUAUUUGUACCAACAGGUUCAAAAUACAAACACUAUAUUUUAAAUUAUGUGUGACUCAAAGUUUUCAGAUCCUACGUCCUUCCUGUACUUGGACAUGCUGGCUGACAUUUUAAUGCGUGACACCGUUGAGAUGGAGGCGGAUUUCAACAAGAAGGUGGAGUUUAUCAAGGAGCAGGAGCAAAAGGUUAUGGACAAUGCCAAAAAUUUACUCUCAAUGGAUCAAAUGCUGGGGCCCAUAACCUGCAGCAUGCUUAAGCUAGAAAUGGAACUAAGUGAGAACGAGUCGAGCUUAAUUGAGGCUGAGAAGGCAGUUACCCGCUUGGAGCAGACUUGCUCGAGUUCUAAUAGCAGUGGUUGUCGGACGUAUCCCCUGGCACGUGCCACCUACGAGGAUUUGCUGAGUUUGCUCAUGUCCGCCGAAAAAACAGCCGCGCAGUGCAACACCAUGAGGGAGCAGAUCGAGAUGUACAACCAGGAGGCCACCGCGAAACUACCUCCCAAAACUGUGAUUGGCAAGAUCAUCGAUUACCACAACAAUAUCCUGCUCCUAUUGGAGAAGGAAAUCGAAAAGUUGCAGAGCGAGGUCACCAAGGUCCAAAGGGAGUACGAAGAGCUGAAUAGGAAAUUGGAACCUUGUAAACUAAUAGCUCAAGCCCCCUGCCACAAGAACGAUUCAAAGCCCAUGGCCAAAUGUGAAGUACAACUACGCAUGUAAUCCUCAAACUGAUAACACGAUAUUUCCAUACGAGUAGUAUAAAUGCUUACAAUGCUGCAAGCUUAA